UCGAAUUUCAGUUCCUCCAAUUUGUCUGUCGGCCAGCUAAAAUUCUUAUCCCGAACCGCGUACAUAUAUUUUUUAUAAAAAAUCAGUAAGGAUGGAUGAUGUGAAGCGACCCUCGCUGACCAAUAGCACGGUGACGAUAAGGCCACGGCUUAUCUACGGACUGCGGUCGGAUGUGAUUGGUAAUAUCCAUUUCAACCUCACCAAGGAGGUCAUCUAUCCCGUGGAAGGAGUCUUAGCAUUUCACGACUACGUCCAAAACAAGCAGAGGUUUCUCAGAUUACCCGAGGAUACGCGACCUGAAGUGAUAGCCAUAAGUUCCCAUCGAAAACUGCUGGCGGUGCUGGAAAGGCAUUCGAAGAAUGGCCGUUAUAUAUCCAUUUACGAGCUGGCCACCCUGAAGAAGCGUCGCCACCUGGAGCUGCCCAGCAACCAUCGCAAUGCCGAGAUUCAGCAGAUGAUCUUCACCAACGACUCGAGAUCGGUGGCUCUGAUUACCCGCCCGCCGGAGGAAACGCUCAUUAUGUUGGUGCUGGAUAAAACCAGCACAGUGAUUGAAGGACGAGCAACGAUUCCAGGUUCCCAUGGAGGGGCCGAGUGCAUUGCUGGCAAUCCAAAUGAUUGCAGUUUUCUGGCAGUCGGUGGGGAACGCACCUUAUUGCUAAUGAGUAAAUCGGAGCGAGGAUUUAAUAUUAGCAAUAACCUAAAGGUUAAAUAUAGAGUCACCUCGAUGGCAUUUCUCUCACUGGAUCUUCUGAUGGUGGGCACGUCAGAUGAUCAGUUGAUCUUGGUGGAGAACGGGGAGCAGAAAUUAGCGCAAAAGGCUAGCGAUGCGGAUACCGUAGACUUGAUAAUCGACCAGGAGGUUUUCGAUCGGGACAAGGAGUUGCAAGAUCAACGAUUCCUGCCCACGCAAGCAGUUAGUCUUCCGGACAGGAGAGUCCUCUGCAUGACCGCAUUUCCCAAGGGAUUUGCCUAUAUUAUCUUUAAUAGGGCCUUCGUCUUUGAGCGCGUAUCCAAGUUUAAGUUCGAGAGGAAAACAAUCCUGACGGUGCCAACGAAUCUAUAUGCAGAGCAUAUGUAUCAGAUCACAAAUUUGGCCAUCGAUCACAAACAGGAAACAGUAAUAGUCACCACAUCCCACUGUCAGAUAUAUGUGGGUAUUCUUAUAGUUCCCGAGACCCUUAAAACCAAGCAGCUAAAGUUUGAACCGCUGGGAGUGCUAAUUCAUACGGGAGAAAUCAUAGCCAUGUCCGUGUGCGCCUGGAAACCAAUUAUUAUGACUGCCUCCAGGGAUCAGACCAUCCGGAUUUGGAACUAUGAAACGGCUCUCGUCGAGCUGGUGCGCAAAUUUCAAGUGGAUGUCAACAUUGUUGAGUUGAGUUUAACAGGCCAAAUGGCGGCCAUAGGCUUCUCGGAUCAGUUGCGUAUCACCCAGAUCUUCAUGGAUGAUCUGAAUAUUGUCAAGACAUAUAAUUUCCCACACUGCAAUGCCGUGCGUUAUUCCAAUUUUGGCCACAUGAUGGCCGCCGCUUAUGAUAAUAACAUAGCCAUCACGUCGGUGUACAAGCUGGAUGUUUUGAUCAACCUGAAGGGUCACAAUGGCAUUGUCCUAUCCGUAGCGUGGUCAAAGACCGACAAAUUCUUAAUCUCCGGCGGGGCAGAGGGUGCCAUUUAUCUGUGGGACAUUGAGACCGGCGCCCGGCUGCAGGAGAUCGUGCAAAAGGGCACCGAAUAUGUUACCAUCUCCUGCAGCACAAAUGAUCCUCUGACGAUCUUUGCGGGAACUAGCAUCGGGACGAUUCGUGAGUUCCAGGACUCAACGCUAGUGAGGGAAAUAACGAUUCCAUCAAGGACCAAGGGUUCCGUUUCCGAUAUAUGUUUGGCCAGGUCUGAUUUAAUAAUGUUCGUGGCGGAUCAUGAAGGAAAUCUUUUCAAUAUGCAACUACCAUUCUUGGAGGCCGGAGGAGGAACCUUCACCAACUUCCGAUUCUUCGAUGGACCGGUCAACAAGCUUCGCUUUUCCUACGAUGGCACCCUAUUGUUUGCGAUCUCCAGCAAAGGAACCCUGGCAAUUUGGGCUAUGGAUAACAUCGAAGGCAAAGUGGCCUACAUGGAUCAGGAUCUGAUGCGCAGCCAAGAGGUCCUGAUACCACGCAGUCAACUCAAUGACAAAAUCGAGCAGAUUGCCAAUCUAGAGCUUCGGUUGAAGCAGCAGGCAGAGGAAUUCCAGUAUCAGUUAAGUCAGAACGAGAUCUUCGACGGGCAGCAGUUGCAGGAAGUCCACAGAAGUUAUUGUUCGGCACUGGAAGAGCUGAAGGAGUUGAAUAAUGAGAUAGAGGCCAGGCACACGGAGGAGAUGAAUCACAUUACGUUCCAGAUAAACUCUAUCCGAGAGGAACAUCGCGUUCAGCUUGACACUCUGGCUACUCAGUAUUCGGAGAGGAUGCUGAUCGAGUACCAAAAGUUCACUAAUCUGCGAGAGAAUAUGCUGGAGCUACGUGAGAGCUACGAGGACAAGCUGAAAAACUCUACGGGCACACUGCAGGAUACAGUGGAGGCCCUGGAGAACAACUACAAGCAACAGCUUAACGAGCGCAAAGAACUCAUCCGCGACCUGAUGAAAGAAAUGCAGGACAAGAAAGCCGAGUUCAUAGAAUAUUGCCGAGAAGUGGAGUUGGAGAACGAUCGUAACAUGGUCUCCACACAAACGGAAUACGAAAAUAAAUUGACCACCGAGCGAAAUGAAACCCAAAUGUGGCGAGGCAAGGCUGGAGUUCUUCAAAAGAAAUUCGAGUCACAAAGCCGGGAAAUCGACAACCUUCUUGAAGAAGUGGAAAUUCUCAAGGAGGAGCACUAUAAGUCGCAACGCAACAUUCAGAAGCAGUUGCGCAAUAUCGAGGAUCUGCAAAAGGACAUUGCCGAUCGCGAUUACGCCAUAAAUGGCAAGGAGAAACGUAUUCAAGACCUGCUGCAUAAAAACCAGGAACUGGACAAGUACAAGCAGGUAUUGGGACACAAGAUAGCCGAGCUGAAAGCGCAGAUUGAGCCGCGGGAGUUCCAGAUCAACGAUAAACGCAAGCAUAUCAUCGAGAUGGAAGCGGAACUGGAAGGUCUUAACCAAAACAACGUCCAGCUGGAGUUGCAGUUAAAGGAGAUGAAGGACAAGUACCUCAGCAAUGUAGCCGAACUACGAACAGAACGACAUCGGGCGAAGGCUUCGCGAGAAUGUCUGCAUGCCAUCUGCUCGGACAUAUACUACGUAGCCGGAGAGAUUAACACGGCUGAGGGCCUCAAGAAAGCCGUAAAGGAGCUCUUCCGUAAACACGCCUCCGAUGAUGAACUCAAGCGUUUUGUCACCUUAGACGCAGAGGUCAGAGAUGAGUUCAUGCGGCAGCGCAAACAAAUUGAGAACGUUCUCGAACGGUAUAAAUCUGUGGCCGAGGACAAGUCUGUACAGAGAAAGUACGACAAGCUGUUCAAGGAGAACGUGAUCCUGAUCGAGGAAAUCGAAAAGCUGAACGAGACCAACAAGAUGCUGCGCAGCAAAGUCAAGGAGGACUUGCGCCGAUCGACGAAGCCAACAACCCAAAGAUAGACAGGAAUUUCUUCGUUUCCUCUAGAAAAGCAUAGUCUAUUAAAAUACAUAUUUCACAUUGGACUUAUCGAGAAAUGUAGUUAAACGGCAAUAUAUACAUACAAAAUGGCA